GGUCUCCUUUCUCACAUCUUUCGUCAAUGACCCUUCUUUUUCUCUCUUUUUUCUACUAAAAAAAUAACCCUCUUCUUUCAAUCUCAUUGCCCAAUCCUUGUCUGCAAAAAUGGCAGAAGCAAUUGUUUCCUCAAUCUUAGAGCAGAUCACAACAAUCAUCUGUCAAGGAGUCCUAGAGGAAGGGAGACUACUGAUAGGUAUUAAGGGAGAUCUGAGAAACCUCAGAAACACCCUCACAUCCAUCAGAGCUUUGCUUGAAGAUGCUGAGGAGAAGCAAAUAUCAAAUGGACCUGUCCAGUUAUGGUUAGAUCGGCUCAAAGAAGAAUCUUUUGACAUGGAGGAUGCUUUGGAUGAGUGGAGGACUGUACUCCUAACUGAUGGAGCUGAAAAUGCUUGUUUUCUUUGGAGGAAGGUACCUGCUUUCCUGAGAUGUUUUUCUUUUCAUCCUGUUAGAUACCAUCGCAUUGCUCGCAACAUAAAGGAAAUCAAUGGAAGGUUAGAUAAGAUUGCUCAGGAUAAAGAUAGGUAUCAGUUAACAAGAACUAAAAUGAUCAGUAGACUGCCAAGCCAAAGAGAAAGCAAAUCUUUUAUUGAUGAGUCCAGCUUGCUUGGUCGAGACGAUGUCAAGAAUGAAAUAAUCAGCCAUUUGUUGUGUGAGGCUAGCAAAGAAGAGGAGGGUAGCCCAAUCCAAACCAUCUCCAUAGUGGGGAUGGGAGGUAUUGGGAAGACUGCUGUCGCCCAGCUGGUCUACCAUGACAAAAAUGUUAAACAACAUUUCACUUCUAGAGUCUGGACACAUGUUUCCAACAUUUUUUAUGAGAGAAAAGUCGCAAAAGAUAUCAUUGUAGGGCUUCAAGGCCUAGAAAAACAAGCAACCCUCCAGUUGUUAGAGUCAUUUCAAUUAGAUGCUCUUUUAGAUGAAGUUCGCAAGUCCUUAGAGGGAAAGAAGUACCUUCUUGUUUUAGAUGAUGUAUGGACAGAAAAAGAAAAAGACUUUGAAGGACUGAACGCUACUUUCAAAUGUGGUGCCCCGGGUAGUAGGAUAUUGGUAACUACACGUAGCAAUACUGUUGCAACAAUUAUGGGAAGAUCACACAACAUUCCUUUAAAUACCUUGAGCCCAGAGAUAUGUUGGUCUAUCAUUAGUAAAAUAGCACUAAGUGAGAAGGACCAAGAGACUUGUGAGGAGUUCAAGCCUGUUGGAUUGAAAAUUGCAGAAAAGUGUGGUGGUCUGCCGCUUGUUGCAAAGACUUUGGGAGGCCUUUUGCGGUUUAAAACUGGCAUACAAGGGUGGGAGAAUGUUUUGAAUAGUGAUUUGUGGAGAAUGGAAAUUAUCCAUAAAGAAGUUUUUGUUCCUUUGUUGUUGAGUUAUUAUGAUCUGCCCUCACCAGUAAGACAGUGCUUUACAUAUUUUGCUUUCUAUGAUAAACACACAAGUUUUAGUGUUUAUCAUAUGCUUUCAGUCUGGAUGGCACAAGGUUACUUAGGCCUUGAUGAUGAUAAUUCACCAUUGGAACAAAAAGGCAUUGAGUACUUUCAAUGCUUAAUGGAUCGCUGUUUCAUCCAAGGUUUUGACUUUGAAGAUCGAUUUUUUGAGAUACAUGAUUGGGUACAUGAAUUUGCUUUCUUUUUGACAAGGGGAGGUUGUAUCAGAUUGGAGGUCUCCGAAGGUAAUAGAAGUUUACCGAUGAACUGUGAAAGAACUCAAGAAAGAACACCUCGACAUUUGACAGUGAUGGUAGAAAAGGGGUUCAAUUUUCCUGAAUUCAUUCCUGAUGCAGAAAAAUUGCGAAGUGUUGUGAGUUAUGGUAGUGAUGAUCAUGCUCCAAUCAGUGAAAAGGCCAUGCAUAAUUUGUUUAAUCAAGCUAAACGCUUGAGGGUAGUGGAUAUGGGGUGGGGAUAUCAUGGUUCAGCUAUUCCGGAAGACAUAAGAAACUUAUUGCAUUUGAGAUUCCUUAGCUUGCCUUCUAGCAAAAACCUUAAAAGGUUGCCAAAAGCACUCUUCAGAUUACACAAUUUGGAACAUUUAAGUUUGUAUCUCUGUUCUAAUCUUGAGAGAUUGCCUGAUGAGAUAGGAAAUUUAGUCAACUUGAAGCUUCUUGAUACCGAAGGUUGCAACAAAUUAGCUUCCUACCCAAAGGAAGUUGUGAGAUUAACUCGACUUACACAAUUACUGGGGCUCAUUGUGAGAAUUGAUCGUGACGAUCCUGAAGAGUUUAGCAUUGGAGAUCUAGCAAACUUGAAUAAACUUCUCGUGCUUUCUAUGAAAAUAGUGGGAAAUAAAAUCAAUGUAGGCGAGGCUAAAAAGGUGAAGCUUCCACAUUUGCAGGAGGUGAAGAUAUUGGUGGAGGGGGACAUAGCGGAUGCUGAUGAUCAUGUCAUACUUGAAUCCUUAAACAUGUCCUUUGUACCAAGGCACAGCUUUCAAAAGGACUACUUUAUGUUUAACGGUUUCAAUGCAUCAAGAAAUGAAUGGUAGGCAAUUCUUUCAUUAACUCAUUCUUUGUCAAACAUUAUAAAUAUUUAAUUUCCUUCUUUAUAUAUAUAUAUUAAUCAUAAGCUUUGUGUUGCAGUCUUUACUAUAGCUGGGCGUAAAUGAGAAAGUUGUUGGCGAUGAUGAUGGUGAAGAAGAAAGAUGUCAGCUCCUGUACUUCUUUUCCUUUUUGGUACACGUUCCUUGUUGCAACAGGCAUUUCGUGGUUUCUUAUUGUCUAAAUCUGUCGUGUUCUUUUUUCUUGAUUUUAUUUAUUUGCUUGUGUUUGAGAUUAUUUGUGACUGGUUUUAUUUCUUGGAAAUUGUUGAACAUUAAGGCUUUGGAUGAUUUGCCAUAAUAGUUAAAUGUGUGGUUUUUCAGAUUGUUAUCUACAUAAUUUGCCAUGUUUUUUUAUUUUAUUUUAAUAUUAUUCCUUUGUUUUAUAAUGAGAUAAUGAUUUAUUUAUUAGUAAGAAGAGAAGUGACAGUAAUACUCUUUUUUUAUAUUUUUCAUCAACACUCAAUAUUAUCGGUACAUAAAACACUUUUUUUUUU